GUGUCAAUGGCAUCCAUGUCAUGGAUUACAUGCACCGUAUCCCAUUCAACAUGGUGGACACUAUCGUAGUGGAUGGGAUGGUGGAGGUUAAGACCAUCAGUUUCCAGGAUCCUGUGUGUGUGCCAUACAGAACCACCAUGUAUGGUGGAAUGUGGGCUGGCAAAAACAUUGUCAUUCAAGGGCUGGUUAAUCCUCAGGCUUCCAGAUUUGAGAUUAACCUGGGUCACAAAGAUGGGAUUGCAUUUCACUACAAUCUUCGCUUUGAUCAGAACAAAGUUGUAUGCAAUACCAAAUCAAUGGAUGAGUGGGGCUUAGAGGAGCGCUCUGGAGAAAUACCAUUUGAAAAGGGACAAAACUUCCAUAUAAGUGUCAAUGGCAUCCAUGUCAUGGAUUACAUGCACCGUAUCCCAUUCAACAUGGUGGACACUAUCGUAGUGGAUGGGAUGGUGGAGGUUAAGACCAUCAGUUUCCAGGAUCCUGUGUGUGUGCCAUACAAAACCACCAUGUAUGGUGGAAUGUGGGCUGGCAAAAAGAUUGUCACUCAAGGGCUGGUUAAUCCUCAGGCUUCCAGCACCGCUUCACCAACCUGUGGGAGAUUGAUGCUCUGGAGGUGUCUGGUGACCUGAGGUUGAAUGAGGUAUACGCUUAGCUAAGAAAUUUUAAAUUGGAUAUUUUUGUCUAAUAUUUUGUCUGGAACAAUUUUAC